AUGUUCUCACCCCUUACUACUGUGGUGAGCUCUGGGUUAGGCAGGAGAAGCUUGGAGGGCCAACCAAUGGAUGGUGAACUUGAAUUGGAACUCCCAUCCAACUCCUUGUGCUCAAUGAGAAGGUUGGUCUUGCAAAACUUGAUGUCCAUCCAACCUGGUUCAGUGGCUCUCCUAUCAGUUGGGUUCACUCCAGCAGCACACAAGAUAGGAGUGAUGAGCCCUCCAAUACUUAGGCGCCUUCCCUCGUUGAUGUCUAGUGUUGUAGGCUGUGAUCUUGUAGGUGAGGAGAUGGUCAAGGAAAGGCAUCAAGUUCCCUGUGUCAGAUCUAUCUCCCCUGAUCCUCUUGCCAUCGCUUGUGCGUGA